AUGGGCAACUCUCCUUCUUAUUUGUCUCCCACUUCGCCAUCACUGGCAAACCCCUCUCCUGUCAAGCGCUGGUCGCCUAUGGCGGACCCUUCUGUGGCCCGGUGGCACGCGCGUGAUGGUCGCCGCGAAAAGAGAAGCAACCAACGAGAUGGAAAUCUGAACACCAGGACCCUCUUGAACCAGUUGAUUCUCUCUUGGUCAUGUAUUGACAAACUAGCUGGAGCUAACAAUCUGCCCUCGAUACAGAAGCUUCGCAGCCUUGGCGUGGAUGGUGACCAGUUCUCGGACCACAUGAGAUUGCAAGGACAAGGUAUUGACAAUCAUCACCAGGACCGUUUUGCUACCCGCGUUUAUCUCCACUGA